AUGCAGCGCGCUCUGUCCUCAGUGGCGCGAUCUUCGCUCUCCUCCUCCUCCCCAUACUCCAGAUCUGCCGGCAAGAGUUUACAACAACUCCGAUUCGCUCACAAGGAGCUGCGAUUUGGUGUAGAAGGUCGAGCUCAGCUGCUGAAGGGUGUUGAAACACUUUCAAAAGCUGUCGCCACUACCCUCGGUCCCAAGGGUCGCAAUGUGUUGAUUGAAUCAAGCUACGGCUCACCCAAGAUUACUAAAGAUGGUGUCACCGUCGCGAAAGCUGUCGUUCUCCAAGACAAAUUCGAAAACCUCGGCGCCCGCCUGAUCCAGGAUGUCGCCUCGAAGACGAACGAGGUCGCUGGUGACGGUACCACCACCGCGACCGUCCUCGCCAGCUCCAUUUUCUCCGAGACUGUGAAGAACGUCGCUGCAGGAUGCAAUCCCAUGGAUCUGAGAAGAGGUACACAAGCGGCUGUUGAGGCCGUUGUUGACUUCCUGCAAAAGAACAAGAAGGAUAUCACCACAAGCGCCGAAAUCGCUCAGGUCGCUACGAUCUCUGCAAACGGCGAUACCCAUGUUGGCAACCUCAUCUCCAAUGCUAUGGAGAAGGUCGGAAAGGAAGGUGUCAUCACAGUCAAGGAGGGAAAGACAAUUGAAGACGAGCUCGAAAUCACCGAAGGCAUGCGGUUCGAUCGUGGCUUCACCUCCCCCUACUUCAUUACCGACACCAAGUCACAGAAGAUUGAAUUCGAGAAGCCCUUGAUUCUGUUGUCCGAGAAAAAGAUCUCAGCUGUGCAGGACAUCAUUCCUGCUCUCGAAGCCUCGACUCAACUGCGCCGACCUCUCGUCAUUAUCGCUGAAGAUAUCGAUGGCGAAGCUUUGGCCGUCUGUAUCCUCAACAAGCUCCGAGGUCAAUUGCAAGUGGCUGCUGUCAAGGCCCCAGGCUUUGGUGACAACCGCAAGAGUAUCCUUGGUGAUAUUGGUAUCUUGACAAAUGCCACCGUCUUCACUGAUGAGCUCGACAUCAAGCUGGAGAAGGCAACCCCAGACAUGCUCGGAUCCACCGGAAGCAUCACCAUCACCAAGGAGGACACAAUCAUUCUGAACGGUGAAGGAAGCAAGGACGCCAUUGCUCAGAGAUGCGAGCAGAUCCGCGGCGUCAUGGCUGAUCCUACUACCUCUGAAUACGAGAAGGAGAAGCUUCAAGAGCGCCUUGCCAAACUUUCUGGUGGUGUCGCUGUCAUCAAGGUCGGCGGUGCUUCCGAGGUUGAAGUCGGUGAGAAGAAGGACCGUGUCGUGGAUGCGCUCAAUGCCACGCGUGCUGCUGUUGAGGAGGGUAUUCUUCCCGGUGGUGGCACUGCUCUCAUCAAGGCUGCUGCCAACGCCCUCAAGGACGUCAAGCCCACCAACUUCGACCAACAACUCGGUGUCAGCAUCAUCAAGAACGCUAUCACACGCCCAGCGCGCCGAAUCGUGGAAAAUGCCGGCCUUGAAGGCAGCGUUGUCGUUGGCAAGCUCAUGGAUGAGUUUGGUGGCGACUUCAACAAGGGCUUCGACUCUGCCAGCGGUCAAUACGUGGACAUGCUGUCAAAGGGUAUUGUGGAUCCUCUCAAGGUAGUCCGCACCGCUUUGGUCGAUGCAUCCGGCGUUGCUUCGCUGCUUGGUACCACCGAGGUUGCCAUUGUGGAGGCUCCAGAGGAGAAGCCUGCUAUGCCACCCAUGGGCGGUGGAAUGGGCGGCAUGGGUGGCAUGGGAGGCUUCUAA